AUCCCCAGCCCCGCUCCCGGCCCCAGCCCCAUCCCCGCUCCCGGCCCCGGUCCCUCCAUGGCGUUCCCGCGGCCGCGGCCCGCCCGGCCCGAGCUGCCCCGGCAGCGGGUGCAGAGCCUGCAGUGCGGGCAGGGAGCGGUGCGGGCCGCCCGCUUCAACGCGGACGGCAAUUACUGCCUGACGUGCGGCAGCGACAAGACGCUGAAGCUCUGGAACCCGCACAAGGGCACGGCCCUGCGCAGCUACCAGGGCCACGGCUACGAGGUGCUGGACGCCGCGGGCUCCUUUGACAACAGCCAGAUCUGCUCCGGCGGCGCCGACAAGGCCGUGGCGCUCUGGGACGUGACCACGGGGCAGGUGGUCCGCAAGUACCGGGGACACGCCGGGAAGGUGAACUGCGUCCAGUUCAACCAGGAAGCCACCGUCAUCGUGUCCGGCUCCAUCGACUCCACGGUGCGGUGCUGGGACUGCCGCUCGCGCCGCCCCGACCCCGUCCAGGUGCUGGACGAGGCCAAGGACGGCAUCUCCAGCGUGAAGCUCUCGACCCACGAGAUCCUGACGGGCUCCGUGGACGGGCGGGUGCGGCGCUACGACCUCCGCGCGGGGCAGCUCUGCUCCGACUACAUCGGCAGCCCCAUCACCAGCGUGUGCUUCAGCAAGGACGGGCAGUGCGUGCUGGCCGCCAGCCUGGACUCCACGCUGCGGCUGCUGGACAAGGACACCGGGGAGCUGCUGGGCGAGUACACGGGACACCGCAGCACCACCUACAGGCUGGACUGCGUCCUCAACGAGCAGGACACGCACGUGGGCUGCGCCUCCGAGGACGGCCACGUCUACUUCUGGGACCUGCUGGAGGGGUCGCUGGCGCUGCGCCUGCCCGUGGGCCAGGGCGUGGUGCAGUCCUUGGCCUUCCACCCGCGCCUGCCCUGCCUGCUGGUGGCCACGCAGGGCCAGGUGACGCUGUGGCGCGAGGACACCUUCCAGCCCGAGGGGGACCCCGGCAGCUGAGGGGGCCCGGGGGGGCCCCGGUGAAUAAACCCCGAGUGGAGACCCCGCCGUGCUUUAUUGGAGCUGCAAUAAAUAACUGCAAACGCUGGGGGGACGGGGGGGACACACGGACAGGGGGGUGCAGGAAUGGGGGGCCCCUGGCCCCCCCAGGGGGACUCACCCCACUGCCCCCCACGCUGGGGGGAGCGCUGAGCCGGGAGCCCC